GGCAUUUUAUUUUCUCACUUGGAAUAGGGUCAAAAAUAGAUAUUUGAAAGGAUUCCUUCCCUGGCAAUGGACAUAUUAAGCCAUAACAACUCACCCUUGAGACUCUAUCUGAGCAAUUAAUGGGGACAUCAUCUAUUACAUAUUACUAUUUUAGGAAAGAAAUGCCUUUUAAUUAAGUCUCCUUCCAACUGCCACUGCCUCCCAAUGGAUACCGCCAGAACCUGUAAGGUCGAAGAAGAAGGCGACGAUGAGGAGGAUGUUGAAGAAGAAGGUGGUGAUGAACAGGAGGUUGAAGAAGCUGAAGAAGGCGGUGGCGAUGAAGAGGAGGUCAAAGAAGAAUGGGGCGUUGAAGUUGAGGAAGUUGAAGAAGAAAGGGGUGUUGAAAUUGAGGAAGCUGAAGAUGAAGGGGGCAUUGAAAUUGAGGAAGUUGAACAAGAAUGCAACGAUGAAGAGGAGGUUGAAGAUGAAGGCGGCCAUGUAAUUGAGGAAAUUGAAUUACACAUGUCUGCCUUCAUCUUCAACCUCUUCUUCAUCGCCACGCUCUUCUACGAUUUCCUCAAUUUCAAUGCCCCCCUUCAUCUUCAACUUCCUCAAUUUCAACGCCCCCUUCUUCAACCUCCUCUUCAUCGCCACCGCCUUCUUUAGCCUCCUCAAUUACAUGGCCGCCUUCAUCUUCAACCUCCUGCACAUCACCGUCGACUUCUCUAACCACAAAAAAAAUUAUUGACACACAUUAAACCUCAAGGCCGCCAGUUCCAAAAUAACCCCAAAUUCAAGCUCCUCCUAGUAAGAUUGUUCGCAGAUGUUCAAUGCAAGAGAAAAUCAUAGAAGAUUGAUCACACAUGCAAUGACUCAGGGGGUCAAGUGGCCUUGGAGUGAUAUACUUGUUAAGAAGUUACUGUCUUGCAGUUAGAAACUUUAUCUAGUUAGUUUCAGCUAUAAAAUAUUUAGGUUUCUUCUUUUGACAAAUAGGGGUAGAUGUCUUGAACUAAAUUGAGGUGUUUUUAGAUUUCUGUAAAUGCUAAGGCUAAUUAGGCAUUUCAACAAAA